AUGUUGGGAAAUGUUGGGAAAAUGUUGGAAAAGUUGGAAAAAGUUGGGGAGAAGGAAAUUGAGAAAGGAAGGAAAGGGGAGAGGAAGGAAGAAGGACAGAGAAGGAAGAAAAGGGAGGGGAAGGAGGGAAGAGGGAGGGAAGGAGGAGAAGGAGAGGAGGAGAAAGAGGGGAAGAAGAGGAGAGGAGAGGAGAGGAGAGGGAAGAAGGGGAAGGAAGGGAAGGGAGGGAGAGGGGAAGAGAGAAGGGAGAGAGAAAGGGGGAGGGGAGAGAGGAAAAAGGGGAGGAGGGAGGAGAAAGAAAGGGAAGGGAGAAGAGAGAGAAGGAGAAGAAAAGGGGGGGGAAGGAAGGGAAGAAAAGAGAGGGGGAAAAAAGGGAAGGGGAAGAAGAAAAAAGGGAAAAGGGAGAGAAAAAGAGAAGGAGAGAAAGGGGAGAAAAGAAAAGGGAGACGAAAAAGAGAGAGAAAAAAAGGGGAGGGGAGGAAAGGAAAGGAAAAGGGAAGGAGAGAAGCAGAGGGGAGGAGACAAAAGGAGGGAAGAGGGGAAAAGAGAAGAGGGGAAGGGAAAAGGGGGGAAAAGGAGAGGAGAGGAGGAAAAAAGAAAGAGGAAGGAAAAGGGGGAGGAGAAGAGGGGAAGAAAGAAGGAGAGGAAAGGGGAAGAGGAGGAAGGGGGAGAGAAAGAAGGAAAAGGGGAGGAAGGAGAAGGAGAGGGGAAGAAAAAGGAAGGAGAGGAAAGGAGAAGGAAGGGAGAAGGAAGGAGGAAGGAAAGGAAAAGGGAGAAGAGGGAAGAGAGGAGGGGAAGAGGAAAGAAGGAAGGAAAAAAGGAGGGGGGGAAAGAAGAGAAAAGGAGAGAGGGAAAAGAAAGGAGGAAGAAAAGAGGGGGGAAGAAAAAAAGGAGAAGGAGAAAGGGAGGGAGGAGAAAAAAGAGAAAGGGGAGGAAAGAGAAGAGGGGAGGAGAAGAAAAAAAAAGGGGGGAGAAAAAAAAAGGGAGAGAAAAAAAGGGAGGAGGAAAAGGGGAGGAAAAAAAAGGGGAGAGAAGGAAGGGGAGGAGAGAAAGGGGGGGGAGAAAAAGAAGAGGAGAGGAAGGGGAGGGGAAAGGGAAAAGGAGGGGGAAGGGGAAGGAAAGAGGAGGGAAAGGGGAAAAGGGAAGAGAAGGGAAAGGAAAGAGGAGGGAAGGGGAAAAGGGAAGGAGAGGGAAAGGGAGAAGAGGGAAGAGGAAGAGAAAAAGAGGGGGAAAGAAAGAGGGGAGGAAAAAAAAGGGAAGAAAGAGAGGGAAAGAGAAGAGAAAAAAGAAGGGAGAGAAAAAGGAAAGAAAAAGGGG